UAUGAUGUUUUGAUUUAAUUUAAGUUUUAACGUCGUACCAGCAAGUUGGCUGUUGAUUAAGAUAAAUUAAUUUAUUGGUUGCGAGUUUUGUGUGUCGUGUGUCGUCUUCAAUUGUUUCAAUCAAAGGCAAUUUAAAUUUGUCCGAAAAAUCAUCCCAUUACACAAAAUGCCAAGACGUGAAGAGAAAGAAAUUCCAAUCAAAAUCGGUGGCUGGGAUGGAAAAUUUAGAUACGAAAAGCCUACGCUAAAAGAAGGCUAUGUAUUGGUCAGUCAUCGUCGUACACGAUCGAAUCUACACACGCAAGAUCAACGGCCGAAGACACCGCCGCCACAACAUUAUCGGAAAAAUUCGGCCGCAUCAUCGGACAAUGAAGAUCAGUCCGAGUGCAACAAUCCAAAUUUGUUCAGAGAUCAGCACCAUUCGAAUACGAACAAUUUUUAUGGCUUCAGUACGGAACCGGAAAUUCUGCCAACUACCUGGAGUGGAAAAUUCCAACUCGAUCCGAACGAUGUGAGAAUUAAACCGGAAAGAAAUCAAUCGGAUGUGCGAGACUAUGCCGAUCAUCGUAAUUUUGUUGUACGAAAUAAUAAUUGAUUUUUUGAUUGAUCUUAAAAGUAUUUUGUGUGGCGCCAAAAAUGUGCAAUUCGCUAGAAAUCGAUCAAUUUUAAUCCGUUAUUUUGUUUGAGAUGUUUUUUUUUGUGUUGCAAAUGCCCUCAGCAAAUGCUUUCAUCCUUCAUAGUGACUGUAGUACUUGGUGAACAUAUUCGAAUCAUAAUAACUUAACAUUAACUUAUUUUUUGUUCAACAGUUCAACUGAUAAUUUAUUGCAAUAAUUUUACUUAAUUUGUUACUUACGCAAUGCGACUUAAGACUAAUAAAUUUUUUGUUGUUGAAAAAAA